GAAAGAAAGAAAGAAAUAUCCACAGACCUCUGCUUAGAAUCACCAAAAGUCGCGCCGAUUGCGUGUCCAUUUCUCAAUAAAGACCCUCCCGAAUUGACAAUACUACCCCCUUCCUCUCCCUCUUUCCAUAACAUUCCCUUUCUUCCUCUUCUUCUUCUUCUUCUUCUAUUCUCACUUCUCAGUCAAACCAAACCAAAACUUACUCCUCAGCCCCCACUGAGCAUAGCACGCAUUUUUUGGUUUUGCUCACAAUGGCGAGGUCCUCCACGGCCACAACGACGUCGUUUCCGGCGAUAAAGCCCGAGGACUACACGCACAGCCCCGUCCACUACGCCGUCGCCGUAGGGGAUCACACCACACUGUCCCGACUCGUCUCCACCAUGCCCAAACUCGCUGAUCCGGAUAGGAUCCAUACCGAGUCCGACUCCCUCGCUCAGGAGCGACUCAGCGACCAGAUCUCCUCCGUCCUCGACCGCCGCGACGUGCCCUUCCGGGAGACCCCGCUCCACCUCGCAGUGCGACUCAACGACGCCGUCUCAGCCCGUGCCCUCGCCCUCGCCGGCGCCGACGUCUCCCUCCAGAAUUCAGCAGGGUGGAACCCCCUCCAGGAGGCCCUCGUUCGCCGUACUUCCGACAUCGCGCUCAUCCUCCUCCGCCAGCACCACCGCUCCGCCUGGAGCAAGUGGCGCCGGAGACUGCCGCGUGUCAUCGCCGUGCUCAGGCGCAUGCGAGACUUCUACAUGGAGAUCUCCUUCCACUUCGAGAGCUCCGUCAUUCCUUUCGUCGGAAAAAUCGCACCCUCCGACACGUACAAGAUCUGGAAGCGCGACGGCAACCUCAGAGCCGACACGUCCCUGGCCGGCUUCGACGGCCUGAAAAUUCAGCGCGCUGAUCAGAGCUUCCUCUUCCUCGGCGACGGUGAUCAGAGCCACGACAUUCCCCCCGGCGCUCUCUUAGUCCUCAACCGCGACGACCGCAAGAUUUUCGACGCCUUCGAGAACGCCGGAGCUCCGAUGAGCGAGUCCGACAUCGCCGGGUUCUGCUCUCAGACCAGCGUCUACCGGCCCGGCAUGGACGUCACCAAAGCCGAACUCGUCGGUAGAACCAACUGGAGGCGCCAGGAGAAGACCGAGAGCGUCGGAGAGUGGAAAGCCAAGGUCUACGAGAUUCACAACGUCGUCUUCAGCUUCCGCUCACGCAAAGUCGCCGGCGGAGACGCUGACGUGGCGGGGAGCGAGCAGGUCCUCCCUCUAGAGCUCGACGAAGACGAUGACGGCUUUUUGGUGGCCGAGAAUCCGAAUUUCGGGGUAUCUUCGGACCGGCGGAGGCACAGUAGCUUCGUUAGGGAGGAGAGAGAGUGGGUGACACUGCCGAGGAAAAGCGUGGACGUACCUCCGUCAGCGGCGGUGGCGCCUAGGCGCGCGGCGGUAUCUGCUACGCAGACGAAGGAAAAAGAAUACAUACGGAGCUUACGGCCGUCGGUUUGGUUAACAGAGCAGUUUCCAUUGAAGACGGAGGAGCUCUUGCCGUUACUUGACAUUUUGGCGAACAAAGUGAAGGCGGUGAGGAGGAUGAGAGAGCUGCUCACCACCAAGUUUCCUCCGGGGACAUUUCCUGUAAAGGUUGCGAUUCCGGUAGUUCCUACAGUUAGGGUGGUGAUAACGUUCACAAAGUUCGUUGACCUCCAACCAACCGAACAGUUCUACACUCCGUUCUCGAGCCCCAGACACUUAAUUCAUGGAGGACGAGGUGGUGAGGAAGAGCACAAAUCAGAGACCCACCAUUCAUCGUUACCAUCGUCGUCAUCGUCAUCGACAUCGUCGUCUUUGUCGUCGAUGUGGUUGAGGCGGAGCAACAGCCAGUCGGUGUCGGCGAGCAAGCAACAACAACAGCACCAACGAUGUUCUGGUCCGGGGGAACAAGAGUCGGACCCUUUUGCUAUUCCUAGUGGGUAUACAUGGACUAGCGUCGAUGAUAAGUCACGUAAAAUGAAGAAAUCCAAGUCUACGAGGAAGUCCAAGUAGUACGUAAUUGUGUCCCAAAAAGAGAGAAAUUGUUAGAUGGCCGGGUUGGUUGUUUGUUGAGUUGCGUGUGUUUGUAGAUAUACCAUUUGAUUUUUAACCGUUAGGCGUUAACGUUAUGCUCUGUUUAUAGAAAGAUUCGGCAACACUUUUUGAACCAAGAAGGUUCACCGGUUGGUUUGCCAAAAUUGUUGCUCCCAA